AAUAUCUUCUGGGACCAUCCCAGAUGCUUUCAUCUCCUCAAAUAAAGAAACGGCCUCCAAUCCUCGACCAUGCAUAGCCAGGCCAACGAUGACAGAAGUCCAAGAAACAAUUGUUCUCUUGCUCAUGUUUCUAAAUAACCCCAAUGCUUUAUCAACAUCCCCACACUUUGCAAACAUGUCUACGAGGGCAUUAGAGAGCUCUACAGUUUUUAAAACCCUUUCCUUCUCGAUAUAAGACUCAAUCCAUUUUCCAAGCUCAAGGGCACCUAAAUCAGUACAAGCAGACAGAACGGAAACCAUGGUAACAUCAUCUGGGCAAACACCUGCAAUCUGCAUCUUCCUAAACAGCCCAACAGCACCAGCAGACUGGCCCAAACGUGCGUACCCGCCAAUCAUUGCAGUCCACGUAACCGGGUCCAACUUUGGCAUUUCAUCGAACAACUUCCUAGCAAACUCCAUCCCUCCGGAACAGCAGCAAUACAUGUGAACCAUAGUGUUCUGCACAAAAAUAUCAUCAUCAAACCCAAAUUUUACCAAUGAACCAUGAACCGCCUUACCCAAAUUCAAGUCCCUAAGACCUGCGCAGGCCUUUAGAACGAAGGGAAACGCAUAUUUAUUGGGCGAAAUCCCAUAUCCAAGCAUGAGGUUAUAAUAAAAUAUAGCAUUGUGCUUGGAUUGACUACUUUCAGCGUAAGCUCUAAUGAUAGUACUGAAAAGGAAGGCGUCAUAGACACGGGCAUCUUCCACUGAGAAAACAAGCGACAUCGCGUAGGGGAUGGCAUCGAGAUUGGACGAAGCAGAAGUGAACUUGGUGAGGACUAAAGGGUUAUUCUGGAAACCCAAUUUGAUAAUGUGGGUAUGGAGUUGAGCGAGUUUGGGAAGAGUGUUACAGGCUUGGAGGAUAUCCAAGCAGGGUUGUUCAACAGCUCUAUGGUUCAUGUUGGAUUGAUGGUGAAGGGUCGUCGUUUUGAGCUUUGACGUGUUUAUGCUAUGUAAAAGCCUUGGUUUGAGGUAUGAGAAUCGCAUUUUUGAAAAGGCACAACGGCUUUCCUCUUGGCCUGAAGGAGGCAUUUGCAUUGUCUACAGAACGACGUCGUUUUGAAUGAAUAGCUGCGUCGUUUCAAACAUGAUAGACGUGGACAACCUGGGGUUCACUCUUCACCGCCUACAUUUUCGAGCUCUUUACUCCACUCUGACAAUUUGGUUUCUCUGAAUUCUUCUGAAUUCUGAUUAGGGAGAGACACGGGCUCAGAAAAUGAGAAGGGUCUCUUCGAAAAUCUCUUCUUUUAUAUCCCAACGGUUUCUUCAGCCGAAACCUAAAUUUCAAAUCAAUGUGUUUCGCUUUUACUGUGAUCAUCCCCAUCUUUCUUCGCCAAAGCGUCCAGGACCUCUCACACGCUAUAGGAAUCUAGUUGAGCAAGGGAAGCUCCAACAUGAUCCUGACCAGGAAAGAGUUGCUCUGGAAUUGGACAAUUUACUUGGGAGGUUAGAGCAAUAUGAGAAAGAGAUGGAGGAAUAUCAUGUAACCCUAGCAAAGUGGGAGAAUCAAAGGGAGAAUGAGCGACGCAGGCUUUUGAUGAAGGAAGCUGAGCUCAAACAACAGGGAGACAUAGGGACAACUGUAAGCAAGUACCGGAAUAGACUUGUUGAGAGAUGGAUGUUUCGGAAAAAACCUGACAAUGUCGAACCAGGAGUGGGAAAAUGGGUUUCAUACCUUAAUCGAGAAAAGAAGUUGGAUACAGUAAUUGGUCGGCGCCCAACUCCUCCUCCAGCUCCAAAAGGUUUAUAUUUGUAUGGUAGUGUAGGAAGUGGAAAGACAAUGCUUAUGGAUAUGUUUUAUAGUGCUACUGAAGGAAUUGUUAAACAUCGAAGAAGGUUUCACUUUCAUGAGGCUAUGCUUGAAAUAAAUGAACAUAUGCAUAAAGUAUGGAAGAAUCAAGUGGAGGAAAAGUCUUUGCAGUCGAAUAUUUCUAGCUGGAUUAUGAAUCUUCCUUUUGAUACAAAAGUUAAAGAAUGGUUAGCUGCGGAAGAAAGAUAUAAGCAUGAGGUACAGAUGAAAAACAUUCUUCCUGCUGUAGCAGAUAAGUUUCUUGUAGACCGAGAGAUGGAUCAAAGAGGGGCUAGCAUUCUUUGCUUUGAUGAGAUUCAGACUGUUGAUGUAUUUGCUGUUGUGGCCUUAUCUGGAAUUAUAAGCAGAUUGUUGAGUACUGGAACUGUUCUUGUGGCCACCAGUAAUCGAGCACCAAAUGAUUUAAACCAGGAUGGCAUGCAGAAGGAGAUCUUCCUAAAGCUUGUUGCCAAAUUGGAGCGGCACUGUGAGAAUGUUUUGAUUGGAAAUGAGAUUGAUUAUCGCCGCCUUAUUGCACAGAGAUCUAUAAACAAAGCCCAUUACUUCUGGCCUUUAGAUGGUAUUGCUUUUAAGAAAUUUGAGGAAAUGUGGCAUGAGGUCAUAAACCAAUCAGGAGGAAAGGUUAUAUCUAGUACUAUUCUGGUGAUGUUUGGCAGAACAUUGGAGGUUCCUGAGAGCUGUAAUGGAGUGGCACGGUUCAAAUUCGAUUAUUUAUGUGGUCGGCCGGUGGGUGCAGCAGACUAUAUUGCAGUAGCUAAAAACUAUCACACUGUUUUUAUAUCUGACAUUCCUGUGAUGAGUAUGCGUAUUCGUGACAAGGCAAGGAGGUUUAUCACCCUUAUUGAUGAGCUAUACAAUCAUCAUUGCUGCCUGUUCUGUUCUGCAGCUUCUUCUAUUGAUGAUCUGUUCCAAGGAACUGAAGAGGGAACCCUUUUUGAUUUGGAGAGGCAAGUAGUCAUUAUCCUCAGCUUGUGCUCGACACCUCCUGAUUGUCUUCUUGUAUUUUCUUCAGUUUUUUUAUUUUUAAUCACAUCUUCCAGCCUCUUAGUUCUUUUGCACAAUCAAGUUCUAUUACAUUUUUGUGUGAUUAGAAGACAUAUCUUGGUUAUGCAUAUUCAUUUCCAUUUUAUUUCCCAGAAAAAGUUUCAGGUUAUAGUUCUGUUUUGUUUGCCAAUGAAAUAUUACAUAGGGAAAGAUUUUGAAGAAAGGUGGGGAUUAGGCUUGACAUCCCCCACGGGAGAAGGUGACCAUUGGAUAGCAUCCUCCUUUAGUAUGGAGGUUUUCCUCAAAGUUGAUAUAAUUGAUUGGGAUGCAUUCCAUGAUUUAUAGAAGGAUGGUCCCACUUUUGGCGAAAUAUCUAGUGCCUUUAUGGCUUGAUGGUACCACAGAGAAAAUAUCUUGCGUCUUUAUGGUACCACAGCAUUAUGCUAAUGUGGUACCACAGAACAUUCACAUUGUGCCACUUACUAUAUAGGUGUUGAAUAUCAUUCACAUGUACUAAUAUUUUAAAAUUUUCUUUUUCUUAGAUUCUUGAAUCCAAGGAGGAUACUCUUAGUAACUUAAUCAACUAAUUUAUUUUGAUGGUAUCUAACAUCUAGUUUGAAGGAGGGCUGAGUGCUUCAUGUGUUUCAUCUUGUGUUCUCUAUAGCAACUUCCUCAAUUGUUACCUCAAAAAGGGCCCCAUAAAUAGCUUAGUAAUUUGAAUAAUUACUUUCUUUCUCCAUUGCAAAAAUUGAAAAAUUAUUUUGA